AUGCAGAACAUCGACGCCAAUGAGCCUCCCCACGUCAUCCCCCAUACGCCCAGUGGCCUCCCCAAUGGCCGUCCCAAUCUCGUCAUCUUCAUGCCGGAUCAACUGCGUUAUGAUGCUUUGCAGUGCUCGGGUUUAAACCGGGUUGUGAAAACGCCACAGAUUGACACUUUCGCAUCGCGCGGGGUUCGCUUCUCAGAGUGCUAUGUGCAAGCGUCAGUCUGUACACAAUCGCGAUGCUCCAUGUUUACCGGGCUGUAUCCCCAUGUCUCCGGCCACCGGUCCUUGGAAAACUUGAUCAAGCCGUGGGAGCCGAAUCUGUUCCGGUCGCUCAAGGAGCACGGCUAUCAUGUGGCCUGUAUGGCGCCGCGGGGGACUUGUUCGCGCCCCAGUCACCAAGGUGAUCGGGGGGAGGGAGAUGAGCGUCCAGAAGAGGAGAUCAGCAUAUGGGAGCGACUGUUCUAUAAGGGACGCCGGGACGCGAGCAAAGCAGUGGAUUACGACGAAGCCGCGAUUCGAAGUGCAGAGAAAUGGCUCGAGUGCCCGCCCGACGACCGGCCAUGGGUGCUGUUUCUACCGCUGCUUUUCCCGCAUUGUCCUUUCACAGUCGAGGAGCCCUAUUUCUCGAUGUACAAGCGGGAGGAGAUGCCCCCGCCAUCUUCACCGGAAGACAAGACAGGAUAUGAACCUGUAUAUAUGCAGAUGAUCCGGGAUCGAUAUGGCACCCAUAGAGCGAGCCCCGAGAUAUGGGCCGAAGUGUCGGCCACCUAUCAUGGAAUGAUAUCGCGACUCGACGACCAAUUCGGUCGGAUUGUGGACAAGAUAGAUUCGAAGGGGCUCUGGGAUUCGACCAUCACCAUGUUCUUCACCGACCAUGGAGAGUAUCUGGGAGACCACGGCCUGAUCGAAAAAUGGCCGAGCGGCUUGUCUGAGACCCUCGUGCGCGAGCCGUUGAUCAUCGCCGGCGGAGGUAUACCGGCCGGACUGGUUCGCGACUGCAUGACGGAGAUGGUGGACUUGGUUCCGACUGUGCUCCAACUGUGCGGGAUCAACGAGACUUUCCCUCAUAAUGGCAAGUCUCUGCUGCCCGUGAUCCUGCACGACGCACCCCAUCGCGAAUUUGCCUUCUCGGAAGGAGGCUUCUUACUGUCCGAAGAGCCCCUCCUCGAGCGGGCAUCAUUCCCCUACGAUCUCAAGUCUCAACUACAGCAUGAAGACACACGAUGGGUCGGAAAGGCGAUUUCGAUGCGAGAUCACCACUGGACCUAUAUUUACAGGCUGUACGAACCGGCAGAGCUGUAUGACCGUCGAGCCGACCCGCUGGAACUGCACAAUUUGGCAGCCGACCCGCGGUUUGUGCAUCAGGCUCGGCUGAUGGAAAGCCAGAUGUUUCGCUGGAUGGUCGAAACAAGUGAUUUCUUACCCUACAGCAAGGAUGGUCGCUUUCCUCAGGUGGAUUUGCCCAGUCCUAAGGCCCUCUGGGAGGAGCGGAAGGCUAGAUCAGGCGAGCGAUAG